UCGAUUAUUUACAAACAAAUCACGACUCGUCGCCUCUCUGUAUCUAUUCAUCGAUCAUGAUAAUCAUAAUCAUAUUUUGUACGAUAAGUGGUUGUACGCGGAGGUACUAGAAGUCGUGGCCGCUAUACUAACUUGGUUCUGCAGUUGCAACAUCGUUAAGACUAUCAAAAAAACUUGUAUUCGAAUGUGAACGACUUCAUCUAUCUUUCACAACUAUCUCCACGAGGACGACAUUGAAUGGUUCAACAAAGAAAGUUUAUGAAGCCUAAUCCUAAUCCAAGAUGUUCUUGGGUCCAAAGAAGUAAAGCUACAAGUAGUGCUAGAGUUUUUUACAAUCAUGUAUGUACCAAGCAAUCAAAUUUGGAGUGGAGAAGCUGUGCACCAUAAAAAUUAUCGUCGAUAAUCCAGGAACUUCCGAAGCAACAAUAAUGUGCUGCUCAAGAUGAAAGAUAUCGAAUUUGAAACUCAUGCUCAUUUUGAUUUUCGCUCAUCA